UUAGUUGGAAAAUCCUAAAACUUCUCCCUCUCCCUCUCCCUCUCCCUCUCGCCUACUCACGCCUCACGUCUCCCUCUCCAGUCACUCCUCCUCUCGACGCCGGCCGCCGCAACAAUUACUCACACUACGCCUCCCUCUCAGUCAUUUCUCCUCUCGACGCCGGCUGCUGCAACAUUUUAGUUUUCAAUUUGUCAGUCACAACCACGACUUCGGAUCUCACUUCUCUUUGACGCAAUUUCUUGAGGUGAACAAUUAGUGUAAAGCUUCAAGGGGCAAUGAUCAGAGGCCAUGCCGGUGUUGCGAAACCUAAUUUUUCCUUAAUGUUGUUUGAGAUGUCUACUCUUGAAUGUCACAACUUCAAAUUCACUGCCACACGAACAUUUCAAAUGCCUUAUAAUCAUGAGAAAAGGAAGGGUUUGAUUACACAGCUACAAUAUUCUCAUGGUGAUAGGAGAACAGUCUUCAAAUCUCUGCAUUCAACUAUUUCAUCAAAGUCUUACAGCUCUAAAGUGGAUAGAAAAGAAGGUAGUAUUGGUUCAUCAUUAUAUAGUCGCCCUAGUUUAGUCGAGAUGAAGAAUGUGAGGCUUGAAAACCGUUCAAAGGUUUAUGAGUUCUUGCGUGGAAUUGGUGUUGUUCCUGAUGAACUUGAUGGACUGGAGCUUCCUGUAACAGUUGAUGUUAUGAAGGAACGUGUCGAUUUUCUUCUCAAAUUGGGACUUACAAUUGAAGAUAUAAAUAACUACCCUCUUAUCCUUGGCUGCAGUGUUAAGAAAAAUAUGAUACCGGUACUUGAUUACCUUGGUAAAUUAGGCGUUAGGAAAUCUACUUUCACUGAGUUCUUAAAAAGGUAUCCGCAAGUACUCCAUUCCAGCGUUGUUGUCGACCUUGCUCCAGUUAUCAAGUAUCUUCAAGGCAUGGAUAUUAAGCCAAAUGAUAUCCCUCGUGUUCUCGAGAGAUAUCCAGAAGUAUUGGGGUUUAAGCUUGAGGGAACCAUGAGUACUUCGGUGGCGUAUUUGGUAGGCAUUGGAGUUACAAGAAGAGAAAUUGGAGGGGUUUUAACCAAAUACCCUGAGAUUUUGGGAAUGCGGGUUGCUCGAGUAAUCAAGCCUUUUGUCGAGUAUCUUGAAGGUUUGGGCAUUCCAAGGUUAGCAGUGGCUAGGUUAAUAGAGAAACGACCACACAUUCUGGGGUUUGGAUUGGAAAAAAAAGUCAAGCCCAAUAUUCAAUUGCUAUUGGAGUUCAAAGUAAGAGAAGCGUACCUUCCUUCUAUAGUAGCACAAUAUGCUGAGAUAAUAGGAAUAGACCUAGAAGCUAAUCUUCAAACUCAGAGAAAUUUGCUAAAGUCAUUAAUUGAAUUGGACAAUGAUAACUUCGGCACUAUCAUCGAAAAGAUGCCACAAGUCGUUAGCCUCAGCCGUUCAGCUGUGAUAAACCAUGUAGAUUUCCUAAAAACUUGUGGUUUUUCCUUGCUUCAAGUAAAGAACAUGGUUAUAGGAUGUCCCCAAUUGCUUGCUUUGAAUAUUGACAUAAUGAAACACAGCUUUGAGUUCUUCCAAAUGGAAAUGGGAAGGCCUUUAGAAGACUUAGCCACUUUUCCUGCAUUCUUUACUUAUGGUUUAGAAUCCACAAUAAAGCCCAGACAUAGGAAAGUUGUACAGAAGGGAAUUAGUUGUUCACUUUCAUGGCUUCUCAAUUGUGCUGAUGAAAAGUUUAUGGAAAGGAUGAGUUAUGAUACCAUAGAUAUGGAGGAGAUGGAAACUACGCCAACAUUCGAUAUGAAUUCUCUUAUACAACCUCGAAAUGAUGAAUCGGAUUCUGAGUAUGAAGAGGAUAGUGAGGAGGAGUCUUGACAGGCUAUUUUGUGUUGGUUUCCUUGGCUCUAGGGUAGUGGCUGUCAUCAUUAGAGCAUGUAACACCUUGUGAAAGGCAGUAACUUCUGUUUUGUUCAACCAUAUUAAAUUUGUGUAUAGUUUCUUGUCUCUUUUACUUUUCA